AUGCCAGGAAUGCAAACUACCACAGACACUAUGACCGAAGAGACAAAAAGUGAUGACAGCAGUCUAUCAUGCAAUCUGAUUAUGCUGCGUUCUCGAGGAGAGAAUUUACAAUUCAUUACAAAACUUAAUCUAUGGGGUUUAAAACUGAAAGAUAUUUCAAUGGUAAAAUCAAUGCCAAAUUUAAAAGUAGUUAACAUGAGUGCAAAUAGUUUGACCACUCUUGAACCAUUUGUUAACUGUUUCAAUUUAUGCGAACUCUAUGUACGUAAUAAUCAAAUAGUGAAUAUUGAUGAAGUGGCACAUUUAAAGUAUUUGCAUAAACUUGAAAAAUUAUGGUUAUCUGGAAAUCCAUGUUGUCAUUUCUUUAAAAGUUUCGAAGAGAAUGAUACAACUUCGACUGACAGUUCAAUCGUGUACAGAUGUACUGUGAUUCGAAAUUUACGGUGUUUAAUUCAUUUAGACCAAUCAGGGCAACAAACAAACAGUAGUCUGGAUAACGAAUCAACUUUUAGCGAUGUUCUGUUAACGACUAUGUGUCUAUUACCAGUUAUUUUCAGACAAGAAUUAGCAAAAAGUAAUUAUCACAACAAUUGUAAUGAUGGUGAAGAAUCCAACAGUACACAUACAGUUGUUGAUGAUAUCACGUUAAGUACAGAUGUAGAAAUGAAAAAAUUAGACAUUGUAGCAGGUAAGUAUUCAGUCACUUCUGUACUCUUCAUUCAAUCAGACAAGAAACACAUUCCAGACGAAACGCUAAAGAAUGACAACAACAAUAUUAAUAAUGUCUUAAAAGAAGUCAAGACAAUCAAUGAGAAUAAGGGGUUAAUUAAUGCUUCUAUUUGUUCUCAUUCACCUUGUAUCAAACGAAAGCAUCAGAAUAGAUCAUGUCUACAGGAUGUUACAUUAAAAGAAACAAACAAAAUUCGUCAAGAAUAUGGUUUAAAACCAAUAAAUAAGAAUAAAAUUUCAUCACCAGCUAAACGAAUUCAAUCUGUUGAUCAAAAGAAUGAAAAGAUUGUACGAAAUUCAAUAAUACGCCUAUUGAAAACAUUGAAUUGCGAUAGCCUAGAAAGAAUAAUUCAAGCUGCUGAGAAACGUUUACUACGUUUAUCCGGUUUAACAUACAAUCUUCAGCUGCAAUCAUUUAUCAACGGUGAAAUUGGUGAAGAUAAUGCCGAUGAUGGUGAAUGGACACCGAAUGGAACAUAUGAUUGUUCAAAUUAUAUAAAUGGAGCAAAAUGAACACCACACACUCACACACACAAAAUAACGGAAGUGUCACAUCAAUAAUGGCGGUUAUUUUCAAAUUAGGCGGGAUAUUCAUUCAACUUUGAUCAUUAUCAUUAUUAUUGCUUUGUUUUUCUAAAUGUAAUUUAUUUCUAACUUCAUUUCGUUUCAAUUUUUAAUAGACCUAAUCAUUAAUCAAUUUUAUUUGAUUUUUUUUUAAUGUACAAAAUUACUUUGUUUAGUAAAAGGAAAAAGAGGAGAGGCUAUGAGAGGCCUUCACAUAAAGUUGGUUAUAUCUCAGACAUAUUUUCUAAUUAGUCACUAUGUGAAUCCAUGUGAUUAUCAUUAAUCCAGUGAUUUAUUUCCGUGAAUAAUGCCACACCUUAACUGUGAUUGGUUAGUAACCCAUAUGUUUUUCUAGCCUUGCUUAUGGUUGAUAAAAUAUCAGACUGAAAAAUAUUUACAGUAUUUCGUUGUUGUUGUUGUUGUUGCUUUUUACUUAGACCUAUGCGCUGUUGUUUAUUUCUUACAGUUUUUUCAAUAAUAAAUGACAUUUUUAAAAACAAA